AUGUCCAACCCGCAACCCGACUCCACGAUGGCGCAACUGGUGUACAUUGUCUCCGCCGCGAGAACCCCGAUUGGCUCCUUCCAAGGCGCGUUGGCGUCGCAGACCUACGUCGACCUCGGCGCCCACGCCGUCAAGGCCGCCCUCGCCAAAGUGCCGCAAAUCAACCCCGAAUCCGUCGACGAAAUCGUGUUUGGCGGCGUGUUGCAGGCUAACGUCGGCCAGGCGCCGGCGCGCCAGGUGGCGUUGAAGGCGGGGUUGCUGAAGCUGGUGGUGGCGCUGGCGGUGAACAAAGUGUGCGCUUCCGGUACCAAGGCGAUCAUCAUCGGCGCCCAGCUGAUUUUGACGGGCACUAAUGACAUUGUCGUUGUUGGUGGCGCCGAGCUGAUGCUGAACUGCCCUUACUACGUGCCCCUGGCCCGCGGUGGCGCCCGUUACGGCGACGCCGCGUUGGUCGAUGGCAUCCAAAAGGACGGCUUGUUGGACGUCUACGACCAGAAGUUGAUGGGGGUGUGUGCGGAAAAGUGCGCCGCCGACCACAACUUGUCGCGCGACGACCAGGACGCGUUCGCCAUCGCCUCGUACCAGAAGGCGCAAAAGGCGCAGCUGGCGGGUAAGUUUGACGCCGAAAUCGCCCCCGUCACCAUCCCGGGCAAGCGAGGCAAGCCCGACACCGUGGUGCUGCAAGACGAAGAAGUGGCCAACUUUGACGAGAAGCGCGUGCGCUCGGCGCGGGCGGUGUUCCAGAAGGAAAACGGGACCGUCACUGCCCCUAACGCCUCCAAAUUGAACGACGGUGGCGCCGCCUUGGUGCUUGUCUCCGAGGCUAAAUUGCACGAAUUGGGCUUGACCCCCAUCGCCCGUAUCGCCGGGUGGGGUGAAGCCGCUCGCGAUCCUAUUGACUUCACCAUCGCCCCCUCGCUCGCCGUGCCCAAGGCGCUUAAGCACGCUAAAGUGUCGCAAGACCAAGUCGACUUCUUUGAAUUCAACGAAGCUUUCUCCGUUGUUGGUUUGGCCAACUGCCAAUUGUUGAACAUCCCUCAAGAAAAGGUUAACGUCUACGGCGGUGCCGUGGCUUUGGGCCACCCCUUGGGCUGUUCCGGUGCCAGAAUCGUGGUGACGUUGUUGUCGGUGUUGGCCCAGGAAAACGGCAAGAUCGGCUGUGUCGGUAUCUGCAACGGCGGUGGCGGUGCCUCGGCGCUUGUGGUGGAACGCCUCGACAAGGCCACCAAGUUGUAA